ACUGUGGAAAAGUUAAUUUGUAAAAUAGUACAAGUACAAAUCAUAGGUAUUAUCGGAAAAAUGGAGAAAACUGAUGAAACGAAAAAUGGUUUUCAUAAACGUCUUGCGCCUGGAAUGACGAAAGAAACGCUCAGAGAAAUAUGCAAACAAAAUAAAUUGUACAUCAUCCCUCGUCACAAUGAUGUUCUGUAUCUCCAUUUUAGAGGAUUUUCAAAGAUCGAAAACUUGGAAGAAUAUACUGGGUUAAAAUGUCUGUGGAUAGAAAACAAUUGCAUAACGAACAUUUCUGGACUCGAAAAUCAAACGGAGCUUGUCGGUUUAUACAUGCACAACAAUGCCAUUUCCAAAAUCGAAAAUCUCGAUUCUGUGAUCAAACUUAAUACGUUAAAUUUGAGCCACAAUUUCAUUAAAAAUAUUGAAAACUUAGAUCACUUGCAGGACCUUAAUUCGUUGAUUAUAUCUCACAACAAGCUUUCUACAGCGAACGACAUUGCUCAUUUGGUCAAAUGUAAAACCUUGUCUAUACUUGAUCUUUCAUAUAACUACUUAGAUGACCCAGAAAUCAUCGAUGUAUUUACCAACAUGGAAUCUUUGCGAGUUUUGUCUUUAACUGGAAAUAGUGUGAUUUCGAAGAUAAAGAACUAUCGGAAAACAUUAACCAUAAAAUGUAAAGAACUUCGUAACCUGGACGAACGACCAAUAUUCAAAAAGGACCGUUUGUGCGCAGAAGCUUGGAGUACGGGCGGGAUCGAAGCGGAACAAGCCAUGAGAACCAAGUUAAACGAAGACGAACACAAAACCAUCUUGGAUUCCGUACGCGCGAUAAUGAGUAUGCGUCGAAAUAAAAACGUACAAAUUACUCCGUCGGCCUCUGGAGACAGCGGCUAUCAGGAAGGUACCGACGGGAGAGAUUCUGCAGACAGUUUGAUCGUGUCCAAAGACUAUUACGAUAAAUACGGUUCUUCGGACGAAGAUUCCUCCUCCGACGAAUCGCCCACCAAAGCCACAAAUCCAUUGGUAUGUGAAAUCGUCGAUAAUAAAGACGGUAGAGAUGACUCUGCCAACGAUUUUUCAACACGCGACGGUAUCGACGACGAUGGUUCAAGCGAUCUCGAGAGUGACGUAGUAGAUCGCCUGUGUGAUCGAAUAGAAGAACCGAGUACCUGCACUGCCGCAGUAGACUGCGACAGUGAAAACGAAGAAAACAUCGAUGGCUCCUAUCCUCCGAUCGCCGGUAUUGCGAACCAUGAUGAGGAACCUGCAGAGCGAUUGGACGAAAAAUGCGAACACUCCGUUGACAGCAAAGCUGACUCGUUUGAGAACGAGGUGGUGAAUAUCGUUGCGGGAGACAAUACUGCAGAUAAACCAUCUCUCAAACAGUGUACCGAUGACCGUUUAUGUUCAAACGACUUGACCGAACUGGCCAUUGAACGUACCGAAAACAAGUCGAUAUCUGUAGAGACAAAUUACGUCAGUGUCGAAUUAAAUUUAGACGAAAACGAAAAAUUUGUUAACACAAGUUUAGAUUUAAAUGACGACGAGAAUAGUGAUGAAAACUUGUUUAAUAAUGUAAAAAAUAAUCAUCAUCAAAAUGUCGGCGGAUCAAUUGAAGUUAAUAAAACAUUAAAGAAUAACGACACUCAAACAGUUAAAAGUGAUUUAAAAAAAGACGUCGAAGGUUUAAUUACAUUAUGUUCGGAGCAAACAACUAAAACUUCACAAAUCCUGUGCGAAAAAAAGAUAUACACUCUUGACAUAGUUGAUCAUAACAAUGCCGAAGAAGAACCGAGUUUAUUUCCAACUUGCAAAUCUGAUCAAAAUGAAAUUGAGGAAAUUCCUAUUCGACUUCCAUGGCUGUUGCCAUCGCAAACAGAAGAAGAGUAUUAUAUUAAAAAAAGUUCUUAAUAAAAUAAUC